AUGGCGGCUCCCCUCUCGUCGUCGUACAGAUGUUGCAGACGUCUCGCAGUCUCCAGUCACCUGCUGAGUCCCAGUCUGAGUCCCAGUCGCCUGCUGAGCUCUAGUGCUGUGGACAAACCUCGGUCUGGCCUCCUGCAGUACCUCAGAAAGCGCUUCUACGACGUGGAGGCGCUGUUGGUUUGGACGAAACAGUUUAAAAAGAGUCGACUCCUGAAGAAAAAUGUUUACUACGGUUACACCGAGAGCUUUUAUGGAACACAUGUUGCUUCAGCAUAUUUUAUUCUCAAACUAAAAGGAGGAUUUAGGUUCUGUGGUCAAUCCCACUGGUUUCGCGCAAACAAGUUUAACUGGGACUUCAUGAAUCACAAAGACUGCCCCCUAGAGGAGAUAGACCUGAGCUACACCGUGAUCAACUAUGAAGGACUCAAAAACAUUGAGGAGCAGACGUCUUUACGGACCCUGUCUUUAAAGGCCUGUCCUGAAGUGGACGACUGGUUUCUGUCCAGACUUCAUGUUUUUCAAGAUUCUCUGGAAGUGUUGGACAUUUCCCACUGUCCCCGGAUCACCACAGGAGGUUUAGCCGCGCUCAGGAACCUCAAGGGUUUAAAGAAGCUGAACGUGUCGUCACUUCCUGGGAUCUCGAACCCAGGGCUGCUGGUCAUUCUUCUGGAGGAGAUGCUGCCAAACUGUGACAUAACAUCAGAUGGUUAUGAGUUUAAUUAA